AUGAACAAAUAAUCUUCAAAUUAUUUCAUAAGUAGAUGUUUGAGAGCAAAACUAGGAAAAUUUAAAAUGAGAACUCAGAUUUUAAUUAUUAAUGGUAUAAUUUUGUCCCUUUUAAUUCCUACCAUCUUAAUUUUACAGACUGUAAAUAUGCAAUAUGUAGAACAAAUUCUUUAACAUUCUUUAAAGAGAAAUACAAUUUAAGAAAUAUCCAAACAUCUAAAUAUUACUUCACAUCUGUUGAAUUAUUAACUUAAUUCAGUCUUUGAAAAAAGUAUAAUAUUAUCUUAUUUUUUAGCUGAGAUUACAUUGACAAACCUUAAUUAACUUUAUUGGAUAUAAUUAAAAAGUGAUAUCAUAGCAACUUCUUAACAACCUAGAAUGUGUGAUUAUUAUCAACCGACUAUGCCUUAAGAACAUUAUUAUUCCAUACUAUGUUUUUCAAGAUUUGGAUAGGAAUAGAAUAGUUCAACUAAUAGCAAUAUUAACCAAUCAUUAGAAAGUAUCACUAAUCUAGUUAACUCAUUUAUUUUAAGUUUAAUGAGGUUAAAUGAUGAGUAUUUACCAAAUUAAAUGUAUUUUGUCUCUUCUAUUAAUUCAAACUAAUAUGGUUUUUUAUAUCCUUAAUUCACUAUUUAUCCUAAUUUUAAUCCAAAAGAAAGGGAAUGGUACAAAUCACAUUUUAAAAAUUUAGAAAAAGACAAAACCAAUCAUACUUAAUUAACUAAUAUCUAUAGAUAUUUUGAUACUUAACCAAUAUAUUCAAUGACAAUGACUCAAUCAAUGUUAAAUUUGAAUAAAGAAGUAGAAGGGUUAUUCUGUUCAGAUCUCGUUUUUAAGAAUAACCUAAUACCACAAUUAAAUAUCAAUAUAAUGAUAGUAAAUACAGAAGGAACUUUAAUUUUGUCUAAUUAUAAAAAUGAUAUUGUUUCAAAUUCAUCAGCUUUGAUAAAGUUUGAUAAUGAAGAAAUCACUGGAUUUAAAACUCAAGAUUGGAAUUCAAUACUAAAUUAUUAUUAUAAUAAAUAGUUAAAUUCAACUUGUAAUUAUGAAAAUCUUCAUAUCUUGUGUAGAUACAAUAGCAUUUAUAAUAAAGAUGUUGUGAUUUAAAUCAUCAAAUUAUAGAAUAUCGAUUAUUUCCUUAUCCUUUUUUAUGAUAUUUAAAUUGAAUAAGAAAUUGAUGAUAAUAUCAAUCUUCUUCUUAAAAUAGUAAAAAAGAAUUUGAAUUAAAUAAUAUUUGUGACUGUAUUAGGCUCAUUUGGACUGAUUUUAUUGUAAGUAAUUUUAAUUUAUAUCAUAUUUUUACCAAUGUACUAAAUCAUUAGACAAUCUUAUUUCUUUCUAAAAAAAUCAGAAAAAUCGAAGUAGUUUGAACAAUAAAGUCUAUUAUAAAAAAUAAAUCAUUUUCAAGAAAUAAUUAUUAACUAAAGUAUUACUAACGAUUCCCAAGUUAACAGUAUAAAUUAGUAAUUAUAAUUAUAGAUAACGCACUGAUGUAAUUUAAAUUUUAAUUCAACACACUAUUUGACAGACUUCUUGCAUAAAGAAUGACAAUUAAUCCUUAAUGCCAAAUACUUCAGUAAUUUAAAUAUCCUCGAAAAGGUAUUCAUAAUUCUUUGGACAUUCUAAAAAUUCUGAAGGAAGACAAAAUUUAUGAUAAUUAUUAUGAUUAAUAGAUAAAUAGUCCAAAAAAUUGUCAUUUAAGAAAUCCAUUUAGUUUUAGAGUUGAAUAAAGCUGA